UGACAUGCAAUUUCAUCAUAAAAAUUGUAAACAAACCAAUCAUUUUCUAUAAAAAUCAACCAAAAAAUGCCUCACAAUCAUCAUCAUCACGGCACGGGACAUCAAUGCGAGGCAGAAUCAACAAGCGCUGACCAAGACAAUGUCCUUGAAAUGGGAAUUCAGUACAGUUUAUUCAAGAAAAUCGACACGGAGAACCUCGAGUGUCUCAAUGAAGCGGAAGAAAAUAGUGGCAAAAAAGUUUUCAAGGCGUACGAAAACCGCCUAGACUUUGGAGACUUUGUUGAAAGCGACUGUGAUCAGGAAUUGAUUUUCAAUAUCCCCUUCACGGGCAAUGUGAAGCUCAAAGGCAUCGUAAUUAUCGGAAAUAAUGACGAAACGCAUCCCAAAAAGAUGAGAUUGUUCAAAAAUCGCGAAAAAAUGACUUUUGACGACGUCACAAUGCAAGCAGAUCAGGAAUUUCCGUUGGAAAAAGAUCCCACAGGCACGUUGGAAUACUCGACAAAGGUCGUUGCGUUCUCCUCAGUGCACCAUUUGACAAUUCACAUCCCGACAAAUUAUGGCGGAGAGACUACGAGAGUUUAUUAUAUCGGCUUGAAAGGAGAAUUCUUCGAGAGACAUCAUCAUGGCGUGACAAUUUGCACUUAUGAAUCCCGUCCUAAUGUUUCGGAUCACAAAAAUAACUUGUUUGACUCCGUCAACCAUGCGAUUCAAUAAAAAAAUAUCUGAAAAAUUCAUGAAAAUAAAUUAUUUGUUCCUUUUGUAAGAGAAAAUACUAAAAAUAU